UCCCCCGGAAACAUAGAGCGGCUUGUCUCAGGUACUGAUGCCUGAGGCCGGGCGGACGGGCGGAGAGGGAUGGGCGUGAGCGCGGAGUCCCGGAGCCUCUCAGUCGCCGGGACCGGGCUCGCGUCCCCGGUGAUCGAGAAGGCGCGUUCGGCGCUGCUGCCGUCGCAGGAUGUAGAGGACACGGUGGAGACGCUCAUGUUACAUCCAGUGAUUAAGGCUUUCCUUUGUGGCUCCAUCAGUGGGACCUGUUCCACGCUCCUCUUCCAGCCUCUGGAUCUCCUCAAAACCCGCCUUCAGACCCUGCAGCCCUCAGACCUAGGGCCCAGGCGAGUUGGGAUGCUGGCUGUGUUCUUGAAGGUGGUUCGCACAGAAAGUCUUCUGGGCCUUUGGAAAGGGAUGUCUCCUUCCAUCUUGAGAUGUGUCCCUGGUGUAGGAAUCUACUUUGGUACCCUGUAUUCUUCAAAGCAGUAUUUCUUGCGAGGCCAUCCUCCCACUGCCCUGGAGUCGGUCAUCCUGGGCAUGGGCUCACGCUCUGUGGCAGGAGUCUGCAUGUCACCCAUCACAGUGAUCAAGACACGCUAUGAGAGUGGGGCUUACAGCUAUGAGAGCAUCUAUGCAGCCCUGAGGAGCAUCUAUUGCAGCGAGGGCCACCGUGGCCUCUUCAGGGGGCUGACAGCAACUCUCCUCCGUGAUGCCCCCUUCUCAGGGCUCUACCUGAUGUUUUACAGCCAGACCAGAACCACAGUGCUCCAUGGCACAGCCCAGCUGGAUGCUGCUCUGAUGCCCCUUGUUAAUUUCAGCUGUGGGAUAUUUGCUGGUGUUCUGGCUUCACUGGUGACUCAACCUGCAGAUGUGAUCAAAACUCAUAUGCAGCUUUCCCCAGUGAAGUGUCAGUGGAUUGGUCAAGUGGCCACUGUCAUCUUCAAGAACCAUGGGCUGCGUGGCUUCUUUCAUGGUAGUGUUCCCCGGGCCCUCCGUAGAACGCUGAUGGCCGCCAUGGCAUGGACUGUCUAUGAAGAGAUGAUGGCCAGGAUGGGCCUGAAGUCCUGACAAGAGGGCUGGGAAAGGAAGCUCAGCAGUCCUGCUGGUUCCUGCUGUGAGCUGCUGUAGCUCACUCUCCUGUAGUCGGCUGAGGAGUGUGCUGUCUGAAGAGCCAGGCACACGUGCUGUUGCCUUUAGCCCUGCAUUCAGAGAGAGUAGCUGGGUGCCUGGAGCCACAGGUGUGGAGUUGCCAGUGCCCAUCGCUCCGUGCACACUCCCCAUCAGUGCUGCAUCAGUGGAAGUCGACCAUGGCUGCCCCACAAGGCUACUUGAGAGAAGGCCUCUGCGAGGUCUCCAUUUCAGCCACCUGCCUACAUUACAGGGCGUCUUAGAAUGCUGGUAACGAAGGAAUCCCACAAUAGAGAAGGUGUGGGCCUCCUGCCAUGUCUGAGGGCAGGAGUCUCAAGUUAGGGAAGACUGGACCUAAGAGAGCUACGGUGGACCAGUGAGAUGGCUCAGCAAGGAAAGGUGCUUGUCAGAGGCCUGCGCUGGCUCGCCAGACCCACGAGGUGGAGGAAAGAAUUGCUGCAAGUUGUCCCCUGACUUCCUCCUGUGCAUUGUGGCAAGCACCCAGACCCAAUAAACAAAUAAGUGAAUACUUUUCUAAAUAAAGACAUCAGCAUGGUGGAUACUGUCUGUGACAAAAAAAACAGAACUAGAAAACCAAGACAGGCAUUAGUUUUGUUCUUAGGGAACCUCCUGUAGGCCCCAGAGAAUGAAUGGGAUGGGCCUUCCCAGGCUUCAAAUGUACUGUUGUAAUCUGUGCUGUUGUCACACUUUCCAUAAUUAAAGUUCAGACGAACACAAUA